AUGGAAUUCCGCGCACUUCAUCCAUCAUGCCUCUUCCUUAUGCUUUUGUCUGAAGCCACUCUCUGUCAAUCAAAGGCCCAACAAGACCAAAGGUGGGGCAUCGAACAGGACAUAAACCGUCUACUGGCAGAUGACAUCGGUCUGAACCGCGACGACACUAACAACUGGCUUAAUAACACAGAAGCCGCAAAUAUCAGUUCAAGCGAAAAUGUUACCUCGUACUGGCAUUUGCCGGCAGAUGCCCCUUUGCCGGAACCGUCCACUUUGGAUUCUCUCCGAAGCCAGGCGACAACGAAGGAUUUCAACCAAAUCCAGAAGUCCGAAGCACUUUUGCGCCACUGUCCUCGACUAAAAAUUCUCCCAUUCCGCCCCAUUUAUGAAUUUGUCGCCUGCGCAUGCUGGUGCCUCCUUUUUGGUCUGUUAUCCAGCGCCUGGAUGGUCCUGCUGUGUGGCAAGCGCUCCAAAACUAACAGAUCAACUCAAGGCGACGUAUACAUGUUCAAGUGCAAGCUUAUUCUCGGGCUCAACAUCCACGCGUCUGUAUGUGUGUUGACAUUCCUCGUUUUACAAAUUGUAGCCAGAGGAGCUGUAUCUUUUACGGAACAUGAUGGCUAUCAGCACACAAAAUUAUGCAGCAUCGCUACCUCUGUGCAUGAUCUUUGCACGUCCGUAUUUUGGCUCCUUGUAGGCUUCUCAAAUACCACCUUGAUUCUUUUUAUUCGAGGUCUAAAACCAGGUCUGAAUAGGUCUGAAACACUGUCUCUGUAUACUCGGCUGUUCAAAAGUCAUAGGAAUUUUGUCUUUCUCAGUGUGCUUACUCACAUCAUCCCCUGGGUUGGUGGCAUUGCAUUGAGUACUUUGCAGCUAAUUUUUUUGCACGAAACAGUGCCCGACAGUGUGAAAAUGCCAGAUAGGAGCGAGCUUUUAAAGGCUCUUACGUGCGCGCUCCCGGUGUCAUUUGCCAUGAUCACUAUGAUAACUCGAAUAUGGAAAUUUCAGGGGCAUCGGCUGCACUUGCCGUUCUUAAGCCGCGUUACGCACGACUACACCUGCCAACACGAGCAAUUCCCGAUGAAACCUAGUACCACUGCACAUAUCGCAUCUACCAUCACUGAGAUGAUCCCCGCUGCCGUAGCCUUGUUCACUUCUCCGGUUGUUAGCGGCCUCCAGCUGGCUUGUUCGGCAGUCGCUGCAGCUGCUAUUGGCCUUUGGAUAUUGUCGAUUGCGCUCAAUGAAAAUCGGUUUCUGCCACGAGCGCAGACAGCUGGCAUGCUCAUCGCCAUCUCCCUAUUCUACACUGCGACUUUGGUAGGGUACAACAGUCGGCUGACUCUGGCCUCGGCGAUAACCACACGUAACACUUACAUUCCAGGUGAGGUGAAACGGGAGACCAGUGGACGCGUGUGUUCGACCUCGUCGGAUGCAAAGCUUUCGCCCCGGGAGCUCCUUGAAAUUCCAAAAUUCACGCGGACCCAAUUUUUUGAUACACUUUCAGUUUCUCCAAACGAACAAACAGAUCAGUGUUGCUCUAACAGGUCUGUACAAAUUAUUACAGUUUAUGAACCUGUCGUGGAUUAA